AAACGGGCCACCACACCAACGGCCCGGCAAUUGCGGCGUUGCAGUCCCCGCGGCGCGGGCGAAUAUGCUCUCCGCAGGACGGCGAUGCCACUUCUUCGGUUAUCGGGUGGGCCCUCACUUCCUCCGCCGAAAGCCACGCACACGCUGCCCAUAAAAAGGCGACGCUGUUCUCAAAACCUCAGAAAAUUCCUAUAUCCUCUGUUCGUCACUGCCUUCCUCUCCAAGUCCAUCCCCUUCCCCGAUCUAAGAUCCAUCCGAUCCAGGCCAUGGCGGCGACCAUCCAGAGCGUGAAGGCCCGCCAGAUCUUCGACAGCCGUGGCAACCCCACCGUCGAGGUUGAUAUUUGCUGCUCGGAUGGAACAUUUGCGAGGGCUGCUGUGCCUAGCGGUGCAUCUACUGGUGUAUAUGAAGCUUUGGAAUUGAGGGAUGGUGGCUCUGAUUACUUGGGAAAGGGUGUCCUCAAGGCUGUUGACAAUGUGAACUCUAUUAUUGGACCAGCAUUGAUUGGCAAGGACCCUACAGAACAGACUGUCAUUGACAACUUCAUGGUUCAGCAACUGGAUGGAACCAAAAACGAGUGGGGCUGGUGCAAGCAAAAGCUUGGUGCUAAUGCUAUCCUGGCUGUCUCACUUGCUCUAUGCAAAGCCGGAGCUAUUAUCAAGAAAAUUCCGUUGUAUCAACACAUUGCUAACCUUGCUGGUAACAAGCAACUUGUUUUGCCUGUGCCUGCUUUCAAUGUCAUCAAUGGUGGAUCACAUGCUGGAAACAAGCUAGCUAUGCAGGAGUUCAUGAUCCUCCCUACUGGUGCUUCAUCUUUCAAGGAGGCUAUGAAGAUGGGUGUUGAAGUAUACCAUAACUUAAAGUCUGUUAUCAAGAAGAAGUAUGGGCAAGAUGCUACUAAUGUUGGUGAUGAAGGUGGUUUUGCUCCAAACAUUCAGGAAAACAAGGAGGGCCUUGAGCUUUUGAAGACUGCAAUUGAAAAGGCUGGAUACACUGGCAAGGUUGUCAUUGGGAUGGAUGUUGCUGCUUCAGAGUUCUACACUGAGGACCAAACCUAUGAUCUUAACUUCAAGGAAGAGAACAAUGAUGGUUCCCAGAAGAUAUCUGGAGAUAGCCUGAAGAAUGUGUACAAGUCAUUUGUUAGUGAAUACCCAAUUGUCUCGAUCGAAGACCCAUUUGAUCAGGAUGACUGGGUUCACUAUGCUAAGAUGACCGAAGAAAUUGGAGAUCAAGUGCAGAUUGUUGGAGAUGAUCUCCUUGUCACCAACCCAACUAGGGUAGCCAAGGCAAUUAAGGACAAGGCCUGCAAUGCUCUUCUCCUUAAGGUUAACCAAAUUGGAUCUGUUACUGAGAGCAUUGAGGCUGUCAAGAUGUCAAAACGUGCUGGCUGGGGUGUGAUGACCAGUCACAGGAGUGGUGAAACUGAGGAUACAUUCAUUGCUGAUCUGGCAGUUGGUUUAUCCACGGGCCAGAUCAAGACUGGAGCUCCUUGCAGAUCUGAGCGCCUUGCCAAGUACAACCAGCUUCUUAGGAUCGAGGAGGAGCUUGGUGCUGCUGCCGUCUAUGCCGGAGCCAAAUUCCGUGCACCAGUGGAGCCCUACUAGAUGGGAAUAGAACCACUUCGUUUCCGUAAAUUUUGUGAAGAUUGUGAGGGUUUGAGCAAUAAUUCCCCACGGUCAGAUGUGGGUGGACAUGCUCCCACAAAACGCUUAAUUUUGAUGUUGCGUGGCGCAAGCGUGAUUUGAAGGAACACAAAUGAUUAUAUUAAACGUUAUAAGCAAAGUUCAACACCAUGUUUGGAUCUGA